GUGUUGGCAAGUCAAACCUAUUACUUCGUUUCUCGGAUGAUUCUUUUACUCCAUAUUUUAUCACUACAUUGGGAAUCGAAUUUAAAAUUCGAACAAUUGAGCUGGAUGGUUUACAAAUCAAACUCCAGAUAUGGGAUGCUUCGGGUCAAGGC